AGUUUUUUAGAUUAGCGUGCAAAGUUCUACGCCAUGGCGCACGUGUUGAGCGUUUAUUUUGAAGGGUUUUGAUUUUGAUUCUUGUUAAAAAUAUUCAAUCUUCUCGUUUAGUUGCAGGUAUUUCCCUGAGCUUUUUUACUGCAUACAGAUUUCUCGAUACUUGUUCAAAAUGGGCAAGAAAUCUAAAGAUAGUAAAAAGAAACAGCAUAAUGAGGAUAGUGCUUGUUUAGUGGGUCCUGUGGAAAAUACUCUGUUGAAAUUAUCGAAAAAGUCCAAAAAAAUUAAGAAGAAUAAACAACCGGUAAAAACGACAGAUUCGAAAACCCUCGAGAAGGCACUUCCGGAAAACGUAGUAGAAAAUGCAGCUGAACCUAAAGUUAAAAAAAGCAAAAAAAAGAAAAAUAAAGUACUCGCACUAUCUCAGGAGAAUAAAGAAUCCAUAACAGAGUCGAUAGAAAAUGUUCCAGAUGUUCUUUUGAGUGAGAAGUCGCGAAAGAAAAUUCUACCAGCAGAUGAAGCCGUGGUGACCUCGGAAAGUGAAAGUUAUAGCGAAACCGAAAACGAGAAGGAAACAAAGGGCCAGGAACCGCCGAAAGAGAAGCGAUUUACAGGACCAGAGCAUUCGAUUUUUAUUGGCAAUCUACCAAAUACAGCAAAAAAGUCUUCAAUGAAAGCUUUGUUCAAACCGUACGGUCGUAUUCUAACAAUUCGUUUUCGAACCAACGACGGGGUUGCAAUGUUUAAGAAGAAAGACCGCAAGGAAGCAAAAGCCCUCAACUGUUACGUGCGUUUCGAGACGAAAGAAAUGGCAGAGGCAGCGUGUUUUGAGAAUGGAAAACUAGUAGACGGAAACCGCAUCCGAGUAAUGCUUCAUUCGCAGAAACAGUACGGCCAUGCUAAUUCGACCGUGUUUGUGGGCAACAUAAACAGAAAAACCACCGACAAUGAAUUGUACGACUUUUUCAGUAGCGUUGGAGAGCUGGAAUACGUUCGUCAGAUUGCCGAUAGAGGCAUAGGAUAUGUUUGCUUUAAAAAAGGUGUUUCCAUCGCCAAGGCAUUAAAACUGAAUCAGCAGCUUUUGAACGGUCGUCCACUGCGGAUUAUGAAGGUCGACCCCAACCAUCAGUCCCAGCGGCGUAACAAAAAGGGUCAUCUUGUGAGCAAGAAUAGAUUGCCACCUAGCGCCGGCGGUAAUUCCAAAAAAUCGAUUCAGCAAAAGGUCUCGAGCGAUAAAAAAUCCGUGCCAAAUCCUGAUAAUUUUCACGGCACACUAUCAAAGGACAAAAAUGGGAAAAAACAAAAGGACAAAAAGUUUAGCAUAUCCGAGAAGAAGAAGAAAUUAUUGGCAAGGAAGUUAACCGCAGCCGGGACACCUAGAACUACUUUGUAAAAAGAAUAUCUAGUUUUUUUUUGUAUUUUACUGGAAAAAAAUACAACUAUCCUUCCUAACAUUUUCAA